AGAGGCGGAGGAGGGCGGGACUUCACGUCCUUCAGCAGGAAGCAAACAUGGCGGCAGCAGCAGUGAGAAGCAUCGGGUCCACUCUCAGUAGAAACCUCCGAGAGGUCCGAGUCCACCUCUGUCAGACCUCAGCGGCCAGCCAGGGGGCCAGGGACUUUGUGGAGCAGCACUAUGUUGAACUGAAGCAGUCGAACCCUGAGUUUCCCAUCCUGAUCAGAGAAUGCUCCGGAGUCCAGGCUCGACUUUGGGCCAGAUACGACUUCGGGAAGGAGAGCAGCGUCUCAGUGGAGAACAUGUCAGCUGACCAGGUGGCCAAAAGUCUGCAGACGCUGGUUCAGUCCAAACAUUAAACCCCCCCCCCCCCCCAGCUGGAUGGUUCAGUCCAAACCUUAACGCCCCCCCCCUCCUGUGGC